ACUUUAAACGCAACGAUUCGACCGACCGGUGCGAUCAGUCGCUAAAUAUUUUCUAAAAUAGUAUUUUUCAAUACUUUUCGUUUAGAAAUUUUGUGUUUUACGUUUUACGUGUGCUUUCGAGUGAAUAUGGAGUACACAACAAGUCCGAUUGAUUUAACAUACAAAAACAUUCUACGGAAGUUCUUCAUGGCGGACGAAAAAUUGAUUGCGCAACGAAACGAGAGAAUUGAGAAAGCGUUCCAAUUUGUUGUGCACAAUACACCGAAUCGUGACCUGUCUGAAUAUUUACAAGAUGUCGUAAGGAAUAAGGUUGCUUCUUUUGAAAUAACUUUUUUCAAAAAGUGGCGAGCAUCCAAAUGCAAAUCCGUAGCAGAGUUCGAGCAACAGCACGAGAAAUGGAUUCACCUGGAUCUGAAGCUCCCACCAUCAAUCACAUCAGUAAACAGUCGUGAAACAACACGUGAUAAAAAAGGUUUUGGUCAACUGUCGGACCGGCAGAAAAAUCGAAGGGUUGACGAGGAUUUGAAUGGCUUUGAUGUGGAUCAAUUAUUGUUGGCAUCGUCCAAAGCAGCGCAGAGUUCUAACGAAUUAGAUUUGUCGUACGUGUUGAGAUUGCUGUAUCAUGACCACAAUAAAGCAACUAUACUGCGAAACCUCUUAAAAGAAAAAAAGCAAUAAAGUCUGUAAAAAUAAAAAGAAAACGAAAAUAAAAU